AUGGAUCUGAAGAACUGGGCGUCGACGCUGGCGUCUCGCGGGCAGAAGCUCGCGCGCGAAAGCAUGGAGUAUGUGAAUCAGAAGAUCGACAAGCAGACUCUCCCGCACUCUGUCUCUUCGCUCUUCCAGACAGGCGCUUCGACUCGCGUCGACCUGGACAGCGCGACUUCCCCUGCGUGUGCCUUCGUCUAUUACACAAUUCAAACGGAAGUCUCGCCUCCCCCUUUCUCCGCCCACGUUGGCCCAGCUUCUUCUGACAGUUCUUCUUUUUCCAGCUUGUCUUUCUCCAGUUCUCCUCCGUCAGUGGCUUCUCCCGCGCCGCCUCCGCACUUCAACGCCUUUCUUUUACCUGAGGGUGUCCCUGCGGAUGCGGUGACUUUCUCGCUUUUCACUUCACUUUUUCCGGUUCCCGGUCACUUCGUUUUUCGCUUCAAGGUUCCCUCAAAUGCCGCCCCCGCUGGCUUCGUUUGGAGACAUCUUUCCAGGGAGGAAGAAGACGACUUUGUGCCAUGUUUUCACGGAGCAAUCGUCUGUCAGGCCGUGCAGAUCCCUGCGGACGUUGCGGCGGGCGCAGACGCCGCCUUCUCCGUCCACGCCUGCUCGCAGUCUCGCUCGCCUCUCCCCUCUUCCGUCUCGCCGCAGCCGGUCUGCAGUCGGAGUCGCGACGGAGCCGGCGGGGGCCCUCUCGCCGGUCCGCCGGGAAGUUCUCCUGCCUUCUCUGAAGACGCUUCACCCUGCCGCGCGGACUCUCCGAAGCCGGCGUUCCACGGAAACGCCGGCUUCGGCGACUUGUGGAGCGGAGAAAAGGCGAAACGCAGCGACGCGGAGAAAGGCCCCGCUCGGGCGUACACCCAGACCUUCGCUUCGGGUGGACGUACACCUGGCAGGCCGCCUCUCGUCGAGAUGCCUAACAGAGAAGACCUCGUCGCGGACAGAAUCUCGCGGACGGAGUCUCGAAUUCAAGAAAAACUCCAGGAGGCCCAAGAGAGGCGUCAGCAGGAGCUCAGCAAGCAGCAAGAGCGACUAGCGAUUCCGGAUGAAGUUCAGACUCAGCUGGAGAAAUGGGCAAAGUCGUCAGACGGAAAAUACAAAGACGUUCGAACGCUGCUGUGCACUGUUCAUGAGGUUUUGUGGCCCGGCGCAGACUGGGAGCCUGUUUCGAUCAGCACUUUGAUGAUCGCUUCUCAACUCAAGAAACAUUACCGAAAGGCCCUGCUCCUCACCCACCCUGACAAACACCAUUCGUCGUCUGCAGAGCAACUGUUCCGGGCGGAAAAGAUUUUCCAGGCUUUCAAUGAGGCCUUCAAAGUCCACCCUCCUUGA